AUUUGAGAUACCAAGAUUUACAUAUGAUGUAGAGUUGCAGCUUAAAAGGGAAGAUCUGAAGAUGUCCUGGAAGAAGAGAGAUUGCAUAUUAUUGGAGAGAUGAAGAAGAAGAGAUCAGAUAUGAAGAAAAUUGAAGAAAUGAUGGUCAGCACCUUCUCCUUGCGGAGAAAACAAAUUGUGGAAGAAGAGCCAUCUGUGGCAGAGGUGAAGAUUAAGUGGCCAGCUUUAUUUACAGAGCAACAGAUUGAAGCUGAAUUCAAUCGCAUCACCUCAGCUGACUUGACAGAAUCCUUUUUUACUGGGCUGGACAAACAUUUGCCUCGGUUAUUGACUCUCUAUCAGGCCAAGACGGAGAGAUUUCCAGAGCUUAAGAAUAUCCUACGCAAGCUCGAGGAUGAUAAUUCCAACAGAAUGAAAAGGGCUGUCACUUUAAGAGGAUUACCAUAUUUCCUCAGUGAAGACUCAUCAAGGUUUCUCAGGACUGCCGAAGCCACAGACACCGAAGAGAGCAUGGCAAAAGAGAUGAAUGUCGGUAUCAUCCUGAUAAAACAUGGAGAGGACCUCCUUAACAUGUCUGUGGUGCUUGAGGAUCAAAUCAUCCUGCAUGACAUCAAGGAUUUCUCAAAGGCGGUAGCUAUGCUAAUGGGUCUACUCUAUGUGUUGAACAUUGACUAUCCAACGGAGCUACGAUACACCUUUGAAGUCAUCCAGAAAGUUCUCAUGAACAUUGGUGCUGAUCACUGCUCUGCGAGGGUUCCUGGUCUGAGGAACAGACUUUUUUGUAAAACGGAGUAGAAUCUUUUCCAGUUUUCUUUUUGAAUUCAGCUUCCCCACUGUAAUUAUGCUUAUUAACCGUUCUUGAAGCCACUCAGUUGAGCGUUCCCACAAGGUUGUCAGUUGAGAAAAGUCUAUUAUUUACCUUACAAGCUUAAGGGUUUGAUGUCUUUACUAAGAAGUCUUUAGGUAAUACUGUAGCCUACCGUUUUUGUUGAGCACUGUUUUACUUUAACUUAUUUGCACACAUUCUAGCAUGGCCAAUGGCUUAGUUUUCCAUUUUGGC